AUGGAACGGGUGAAGGAGCAGCGGCCCUUCUGCUCGCUCUCCAAGAGCCAGAGAGACCGGGAGAGAGACCGCGAAAGGGAGAGGGAUCUGGAACCGCAUUACACCGCAUCAUCGACAGACAGAGAAGGGGCCUGCCGGGUGCCUACCCAGAAGUCCUACAGCUCUAGCGAGACACUGCAGGCCUACGACCAUGACCCCGCCCGGCUGCUAUUCUCAGGCCGAGUCAAGGAGAUGGUCCACCAGGAGACGAAUGACUAUAGCAGGCCAGGUCAGUACAGUCACAACUCUAUUCCAAUUAUAUGAAAGGAUGCUUAAUAAUAGACAAAUUGUAUAGAUAUAAUUUGUUUAGAUUAGUUUUGAUUUGAUUGAUUUCAUACGUGUAUUUUUUAAACAUAACUUGGGAGCACAUGGAGUUUGGUAAAAAAAUAAAAUGUCGCAAGAAUUGAAAUGAAUCGUCUACAAUUGAACUCAUUGACAUAGAAAAUAUUUUUUAUACUGUAUUAGUAAGUCUGAUGUUUUGUCUUAGGUAGGGCAUCCCAUGGGUUUCCUUGAAAACUGAUGGUGGUCUUUAUCUUCUUGCAUGAUCAAUUUACCAGCAUUCAUAGCUUGUCACUUUAGGUUUUUAUUAAUCCAUGAUGAAAAGUAGAGAUCUUUUCGAUCUGUGCCUGAACUAUGUACACAUCCAAACGAAAUUAUCCAGCUCCACUUCACAUACCAAUGGUAAUUACCUAUUGAACUGCUGAACAAAUAACUCACCUUUUUAAUUGGUUGUUGGCAAUUGGCAGGAAAUGUUCAUAAUAAGAAAAAAAUGUCAUAAUCUAAUAUGAACAACACAUAAUUCCUGGCAUAUUUCUCAUAGAUUUCUGCUAAUUGGCGCCAGCUGGAAGUUAAUGGCGUUCUAAUUAGGCUGUGGGACGUAUGUUAGUUUUCCCUUUACUUCUAGAUCAAAUUAGGACUUUUAAUGAAAAGGUAAUGAACGAUUUGGAUUUAUCACCUCAAUGAUAAUUCAGUUGGAGCAUGAUGGCGAAAUUAGUACUUUGUAUUUGAACAACAUGUCCUUGUUCAAAUGUAAAUCACAACUCCAAAUACUGAAUGAUUCAGUUUAAUUAGAAAUUAUGUGAAAUGUUUUGCAUUUCAAAGUAUUUAUCUGUUUAGAACUUGGACCUUAAUAAAAACCUAAAACUAUACAUUUUACUUAUCUUAUGAAGUGUGUUACAUCACAUAGAAUAUUGUCAAUGUAUCUUAUUGCUCUGCUGCAGUUUUUACCUUACAAUGUUCUUUGUCAAUUUCACUUGUUUUUAUUUUCACUGUGGAAUAACCAGUACACUAAAUGUAAACGCAAGAAAAGUUUUUAAAAAUGAUUUUAUUAAUUGCCAUUGUACUUAUAUUAAUCAUUGUCUGCAAUGGUAUUUCUAAAUUUUAUAUGGGUAAAAUACAUGUGUGUAAUCUUAUGCAGCAUGACAUUACAUUCUCAAACGUACCCCUAGAAUAAUAAAAAAUAAUACAAAUAUUAAUGGAAUACUUUGACUGUAUAUAUUCCAAAAAAUACAUUUUAGAAAAUAAUUUAGACUGUACAAUCAUUUCUAUUACUUGGUAUAAUUAAGUUCUGUCCACACAUUUAGAAAUGUUACUUUAGUGAAAAGUACUUUGAACAUUGAUUAUAGAUUUUUGGUGUAAAUAAUUUGUAUUUACUCAAUCCAGCAUUGACAGUGUAAAUUUCCUUGCAUCUGUUUUUCACCUUUUGUUUCUAUAUUAAAUCCCCACUUUAAAUCCAGAUUUACAAACUAUUAAGAAGACACAGAACCGUGGAACUGUUCCAAUUUACAAUUUGUAUACAAUGAGUGGGAUCCUCUUUUCCUUGAGUACUCUAAAGGAAUGUUGUUUUUAGACUGUUUUUUUAGGUUCAAGUGUAAGGUCAGUCCCGAUAAUCUUCAAAGCAACAAAAUUCCUUUCUAAUUCUAUCUUAAAGUGGAACUGACAGCAUUUUAGCAACAUGAAAUUGUAUUAGUAGGCCUUUAUGCAAACAAGCCAUUUGCCACACAGGCCUGCCAUCAUUCACUUUUUGUUUACAGGCAGUUGCAACAGCACGACUUUAGAUCAUUAGAACACAUUCGCCAAAGCCACAAAAUACACCUGAAUGGAUUUCUGCAAAUAUAUAAAUACCACGGGAGUCCUCUUACAUUUGGGAACUUUACAGUCCUAUUGAUCAUACAACCAUGAAAAGGUAGGCUCGCUCUCCCUCAGUUAUGCACGUCAACAUGAAGAUCAACAACUAAUGCUAGCCAGAGCAAGAUGAACUAAAAUCUAACGAAGGAACAUUAGAUAAACCCUCUCAAACCUUUUCAGCUAGUUGCCUGUCAAAAUUGCACUGAUAAAUGAUGGGGAAUUGUAGCCUACUUGACCUUCUGCAGCUUGCCUGCCAGUGCAUUCAUUCUUGUCCCAACCAAACACCCAAGCUAACUGGCUAAAGUUGGCUAGCUUGCUAGCUAGCUACUUCCAGACACAAAUGAGAGAAUACCUCACUCUGACCAUUUUACUCACCGUAGCAUAGCUGGUUAGGCUGUUUACAUGUUAUCUACAGUGUUCGUGACUAACUAUUACUUUUUUUGCCUAUGUUUACUGACACCGGUCAUAUCUAGCGGCUGUUGCACGUUCAAGUUCUUGCUAGCUAACCAAAUGACACCUGCAUCUCUAGCUGUGUAUAGCCACCGAAAAACAAUAUGAUGGGAAAAAGUCAGUCACUCACCAACUCCUCCAAUGACAUUACAUUACAUGACAUCCUCCUAGCAGCUAGCUAUCUAGCUAAUGUAAGGCUCUGUGUUUUUAGCUUGCUAAAUAAAUAGAUACGCUACCCUAUUAGCCACGUUAUGACUGACUUGUGAUCAUUGCCCUUGCUAGUUUGAAUGUAUUGACAUUUCCCAGCCUUAGUUACGUUCGUCAAUUUUGUCCAAAAUAUUGAUUAAUUGAAACUGAAACGUGCAUCUCGAAUAGAGGCAGCAAACGAUAUAUCAUGUCAGCUGUGAUUUACAACCUGAAAGCAAUAUUAUUUGGACUACCUAGGAAUGUAUUGGUGAAUUAUAUUAAUCAUGCAGUGAACUGCAUCCAUCUAUUCUGCCAACAAUGCCUUAGUGUAUGUCAUGGAAUGUUGAGUUAAAUAGUAGCAUAAACUGGGAAUUUGUUAUUUUUUACUGAAAUGAUGAUUGUCUGUUUGUUUCAUAUCUGAAAAGUAGUUCAAAUGCUGUCAGUUCCAUUUUCAUUGAAUGCACAAUAUGUCCAUUGGUGUGAAGUGUCUUCUGAUUUUACUGGUUGUUUUUUGUUUUUGUGAGGACUCUAUUUGAGUUAGGCCUAUUGCCCUUCUAAGAACAGUAAUUUUUAAGAGUCACACAAAUGUUAAAAGCUACACACCGUGACACAAUGGCAGAUAUUCUGGGUUUAGGAUUGGGGUUUGAAACAUUGUUAAAUGAUCAGGCUGCUAUUUAAAAACGUAUUUGGUUUUACAGGACAGGCCUUCUCGCUGAGGCAACUUGGGAUAUGUGAGCCCUCCACACGCAGAGGCCUGGCCCUCUGCCCUGAAACGGGCCUCUCGCACCCCCUUGGUCGCUACUCCAGAAGAACGGUCCCCACAGAGAAUCAUGAGGCCGCAUCCACAGAACGCACCAUGGCUCUCUGGGGCAGGGGUGCCAAGUCAGGCCAAAGCUCGUGCCUGUCUAGUCGCUCCAACUCAGCCCUUACCCUCACAGACACGGAAAUUGACAAUAAGUCGGACAACGAAAUCGGUGAGUCUGCCACACCUUUAUUUGUUAAUUGUGAGCCCCCUAAUUCCUGUUUUGUGGAGGUUUUGUUUAAGUAUGAAGUUUUUAAAAAAAUAUCACAACAAAUGUUCAUCCUAGUCAGCAGUGUGUUAUAG